UGUAGCAGGACUUCUCUCUCUGCCGAGUACCAACCAGCUCGACAGAGACACCCGGAAGGCACGAAAGUCAGUUUGAGAGGGCAGCAUGAAUCGCUUUAAGACAUCCAAAUUCAAAAACACCACUCCGAAAAUUGCCAAGAAAGAUGGAUGGAUCAACAACGUCCGAGCUGGUUCCUUCUCCUCUCAGGGGAAUCACAUCAAAGCCAGCUCCAAACUUGUCGUCUUCAAUGCGGAGCAGGCUGGUGGAGGCAUGCUGGGCCUUUCCUCAGUCAGACCUGGUGCAGAUGGCCAGUGGACGGUCACUCAGAUGUCCUGCCAUUCAGAUCUGGUGACUGAUAUGGACUUCUCUCCUUUUGAUGAAAGUCUCCUGGUAACGAGCUCCAAUGAUGAAACGGUGAAGCUGUGGCGUUUGUGUGAUCCAGAGCUGCAGCAGCCAAGCGGUCCAGAGCUCACACUGCAUCCAGGUCAAGGCAGGCUGGAGCUGGUGCUUUUCCAUCCUACCUCCUCUGGCUUGCUGGCUGUCGGCUCCCAGAAGUCCCCACUGAUUUGGGACACAAGCCGCCCGGAUGCACCCCUGGCAGUUCUGGAGCAGCACAGCGACCUGCUGCAGAGUCUGAGCUGGAAACAGGACGGGUCCCUGCUGGCUUCCUCCUGCAAGGAUAAGAUGCUUAGAGUGUUUGACCCCAGAGCCCAGCUGACCCCUGUUCAGAGUGCCAAGAGUCUGCAGAACAACAAGGAUUCAAGGAUCCUGUGGGUCAAAGACAACAAUUUACUCACCACAGGCUUUAACAUGAUGCGUGAUCGAGAGGUGAGGCUUUGGGACAGCAGGAAGUUGAGCUCCUCCAUCGGCUCUGUGUCACUCGGCACCUCCAGUGGGUCGGUGAUCCCUCUUUUUGAUGAAGACACUGGUCUGCUCAUUCUGUCUGGCACGGGAGACACUGUGAUCGACUGCUUUGAAGUUUCCUCCUCUGAGCCUUUCCUGUCACAAGUGAGCCACUGUCUGACAGAUACCUCAACACGAGGGGUCGCCAUGGUACCCAAGCUGGCAUUGGACGUCAUGUCCUGUGAAGUGAUGCGUGUGCUUCAGCUGACAGACAGCUGCAUUGUGCCAAUCAGCUAUCAAGUCCCUCGCAAGCAUUCAGGCCAGGAGUUUCAUGAUGAUCUUUACCCAGACACAGUAGGCACAACUCCAGCCAUGUCUGCUGAGGAAUGGUGGCAGGGAGGGAACAAGCAGGUAGAGAAAGUCAGCCUCCAUCCUGAUAAACAGCCUAAACCAAAGGCUUCACCAGCAAAACAGACGCCUGCAAAGAAGGAACUAGCCACUGGGGGGAGCAAGGAGGAUCCAGCACGCUGCUCCACCUCCAGCAGCCCUCUGAGCACUCCAAGCAGCAGCGCCGUCCCAUCCCGCUCUCCUUCCACCACCUCCGGCCUCUCCUCAGGCUUCCUCCCAAGUCCCAGUCCCAGCCAGAGUGCCAAGGCCAUCCAGAACAUGCUGGGACCAUCCUCCAAGUUCCGGCACAUCCAGGGUGUGGUGAUGCAUCGGGACACACACAUCACCAACGUGCAAGGCCUCAACCUGACGACACCAGGCGAAUGUGAUGGCUUCUCUGUGAAUCGUGAUCGUGUGGCUGUGCCACUUUCCAUCUCUGGGGGCCAGAUUGCUGUUUUUGAGCGCUCUCAGCCUGGUAAACUACCCCACACAGCCCUGCCCACCAUCCAAAACUCUGUAAAUGUGGUCGACUUCUCUUGGGACCCCUUCGACACACACCGGCUUGCUGUGGCUGGUGAUGAUGCAAAGAUCCGAGUAUGGCAGGUACCAGAGGGAGGGCUGACAGAGACGCUGACUGAGCCUGAGCUGAUUCUGCAAGGCCACACAGAGAAGAUUUACUCCAUCAAGUUCCACCCUCUGGCCAGCGGACUCCUGGUGUCCUCAUCCUAUGAUUUCACUGUCAGACUGUGGAACCUGGAGAGUGGAGAUCAGGCCAACCUCCUCACUGGACAUGAAGAUCAGAUCUUUGGUAUGGCAUGGAGCCCAGAUGGAAAGCUUCUAGCUACUGUGUGCAAAGAUGGGAAAGUCCGCAUCUAUGACCCCCGCAAAUCCACAGCACCGGUCCAGGAGGGCCCGGGUCCUGAGGGCCACAGAGGAGCUCGUGUUGUGUGGGUGUGUGAAGGAAAGUAUCUGCUGGUGUCAGGAUUCGACAGCCGCAGUGAGCGAUCACUCUACCUGUACUCUGCUGACUCUCUGUCCUCUGGAACUGUGGCCUCCGUUUCUUUGGACGUCUCCCCCUCUACACUCAUCCCUUUCUACGAUCCCGACACCAGCGUGGUCAUCAUCACCGGCAAAGGAGAUACCAGAGUUUCCAUUUUUGAGGUUGUCCCUGAAGAUCCGUACUUCAUUGAAUGCAGCAGCUUUAACUCUCCAGAGCCACACAAGGGCUUAGGCUUUCUACCCAAGACAGAGUGCAAUGUACGUGAUGUGGAGAUAGCUAUGGGACUGAUGCUCACCAAAACAACCAUAGAGCCAGUGGCCUUCAGAGUGCCACGUGUCAAGAAAGAGUUUUUCCAGGAUGACAUUUUUCCAGACACAGCAGUGAAUUGGGAGCCGGCUCUGACUGGCGCCGCCUGGCUCUCGGGCAUGAACGGCCACCAAAAGAAGAUGAGCCUGAAGCCCAAAGACAUGACGCCAGUGAGUGAGGCACCAAAAGAGGCUCCAGUCAGAAAAUACCUGCCCUCCUCUGUUUACCUGGAGGAGAAGACUGAUGAGCAGAAGAAAGAGGAGCUGCUCAGCGCCAUGGUGGCGAAGCUGGGCAACAUGGAUGACCCGCUUCCACAAGAGGCCUUCGAGGGGGUAGAUGAUGAUGAGUGGGAUGACUAAAGAGGACGCCAUCUCGCCCUCGGUCAAAUCUUGGUGCCAACAGCGGAGUGGAAACAACAAAUCAAACAUUAGGUUUCGCCAGCGUCUGUGAAAGCGAGGAACACCCUGUGAACGCAGCACACUGCACACACAUAGAAAACUGUAAAAUGUCAAAGAACAAAUAAUACUGGGAAAACAAAUCACAAAAACUG